GUGGAAAGUCCUGAUGGACUAGGUCAUGACAUUCACAGCCACAGCAAUGCAAGCAUGCCUGGUACUGGAUCUAGCAUGACGCCCCACACCAGCGUGGUGGAAAAACCAGACACGUUGGCAGAAAGUAGCCUACCUCUAGAGUGCAUGUUUUGCGAGGAGACUUUCCUGCGUCAGGAAGACCUGGGACCACACCUUCUUUCCCAGCAUCCCACAACAUUCCACGCUCCCGCAGUGUUGUGUGUGGAAGCGGAAUUCUUAACUCCCAGCGAAAGGGCUCGUUCUAAAACCUGCCCAGCUGUGGAAAAGAAUGAGGAGCUCUGUUGCGUUGUGUGCGUCCAGGCCGUUGCAGAUGCAACCGAGCUGGAAACGCACAUGCGGAAACACAAGGAGUCUUUCACGUACUGCUGUGGCCUCUGUGGACGUCGUUUCAAAGAGCCGUGGUUCCUAAAAAACCACAUGAGAACCCAUGGCGGAAAGGCUAAACACAAAAACCAGGACCUGGAGAGCCCAGCCACUGUUAAUGAGGUCAUUCAAGACCAGCCCCCAUCACCUGUGCUCAAGUCGUACAAAAUGUGCAUGGUAUGUGGCUUCUUUUUCCUGAACAAGGAAGUUCUGGCUGAGCACAGCAAGGUCCACAAUCGUGAACUGGAAGUGGAUGAGAACGUCUCCUCCGACAGCCACCCUGCUGAGGAGGUUCCUGUCUCUCAGAAGGCAUUUUUGCAGACCCUACAAUUGCAUCCUUCGGGUGCGAGAGAAGAAGCUGAAAGAAAUCACCCAUCUGGACGCUGGAUAUCCCAACUUGAUCCUUUCAACACCUACCAGGCCUGGCAGUUGGCCACCAGAGGCAAGAUCGCAGCAGGUCCGAACUUGGCCAAGGAGCUCAAUGCAGACUCCAACUCUGACAACGAGGACUCUGGUUCUGAAAAAGAGGAACUGGGGGCCAUUUGGGCUUCUGGCGGUGGAGAUAAACCUAGGCGAGGCCUACGAAGUGAACUCAAGCCUAGCGAGACUCCUUCCCCAUCACCUGAGCAAAAGAGUCUGAUUCGUAAGGACAAGCCAACAAACUGCGAAGAGUGCGGCAAGAUCUUCAGGACGUACCAUCAGUUGGUCCUCCAUUCUCGAAUCCACAAGAAGGAACGAGGGGGAGCAGAGAGUCCCACCAUGCCUGUAGAUGGGAGGGCCCAAAGCGUAGGCUCUUGUAGUAGUUCAUCUCUUGACAGAGCAGAGGAGUACUCAGAGGAUGGCUCAGAAGAGGGAGCGCCAGUUGACGCCUUUAAUCCAGAAAAUAUUGAGGAAGGAUUGGGAAAAAUGAAGCUGAAAAUUCUUGCUCCAAGAAAAUGCAGUUACUGUGGCAAGACUUUCCGCUCGAACUAUUACCUCAAUAUUCAUCUCAGGACACAUACUGGUGAAAAACCUUAUAAAUGUGAAUACUGUGACUAUGCCGCAGCACAGAAAACGUCUUUGAGGUACCAUCUAGACAGACGUCACAAGGACAAACCUUUCACAGAAAUCCCGAACAUUCCUGCAACAUCGUCUGCAAGAAGUAUCAUCAAGGCCAUUGAACCUCCCAAGAAUGUAAAUGAGAAACAAGCCUUAAAACCAGCCAAACAAUGGCUUGCUCCUAAACCUCUGCCUGCCAGUGUUAAACAUGAACCUGGCAUGAGCAAAGCCGUUAUUAACAGCACAAGUCCUUCCAUUCAAGUCAAGAAAGAGUAUGUUAGUUCUCCCGGCGCAGCUCCUUACACCCCUGUGGGUGAGGUCAACAAAAAAUACCCGUUACCGGUAAACCCGAAGAUGGAGGAGAAGGAGGCUACCGAAGCACCUUUGAAUUUGUCCCUCAAAGUGCCACUUCCUGUAUCUGCUACCUCAGUACCCAGAAACCUGUUACCGACCAACACGUGUACCUCUUGCUCCUAUGAAACCCUUUACCCUGAGGUUCUCUUGAUGCAUAAAAAGCUCAUCCACAAGGAGAAGUUGGAUGUCAAGAAGAAUGGAUACAGGGGACCUCAGAAACAGAAACGGUACACUGGUUGCCCACCGGCUCUUGAAGGCAAAGAUGUCACUCCUUUGCCCCACAUCAACAGGAAGCAUCCCCGUCGGACCAAAUCCCCAUUGCGCCAGCCAGAAAAACUUGGGGAGAAGCUUCCGAAACAACCUCAAAUGUCUAAGAUUUCGCCUGCGAAAGAUCACUGGAGGGAUCAGCACCAGGAGGGCCAAAGGGGCAGGGAAUCGGAUGCAACCAGCUCGCUUUCUAGAAACUCAGAGCAAGAAUCUAGCAGAAAAUUAAAAGUGCCUUUGGUAAUUGAUCGAGAGUUCUUCAAGCAGAGGCCUGGCCUGGAUCAGGAGAUGAAUCGGAGGGCAAGCAUGGGCAAAAACGGAAUGGUUUGGCCCACAGAUCCAGCUAGACUUUGCCUUUCGGACCGUUUCCGAAACAUGACGCAAACGGACAUCGGCGAACCCUCUAGCAAGAGACACAAGUCCUUUGAGCCUCUAUAUACUGCAUCUGGACGGCUUGGAGAGGAUUUCAACCGAAUCGUGCCCUCCGGCAGAAAUGCGAAAACCUCGUUGCAGGCAAACUCGCCCUUGGGUUCGGUUAAGGUGACUCCCACUGCGUCUCCCAACAGCAUGCAGGCUGACUGGAAUGUCAUCAACCUGCUCCGCACCUACACGCCCAACAACCUGGCCUCACUCUAUCACCCCACCACUGCAGGUUCCAGCCAUGCUGUCAUGGCCUCACCGGUCACUGGGAGCAGGUCCUUGAUCUUCCCUCAUUACUCAACUAGUAUGACUCAGAGGAGAAUCCAAACCAGCCCUCUGAGUAAUGAACGCUGUGGACCUUCAGAUAAGAGCUCUUAGACCUAUCCAGGCUUCGAAAUACAUAGAUAAAAUGCUGAUGGCGACGGUGGGGUCCUUGGCCGGGAGAAAAGUUUAAGUGAUUUGAUGUUGCUCACUGUUCUUCAGACACUACCGCUGAAGGGAUUGACAUGUUGGAAGGAUGUACUGUGUGGAUACGGGCCUGAGCUCUGCUCUAUCCUUGGCUGCAAGGCAGAACGAACUUGGACUGCAGCCUUGAAUAGUGUUGUUUUGAUUCAAUUUGUAUUCCAUUAUGGCAAUAGAUUCAUCUGCGGUGCACUUAACACAAAGCUGAACGUCAGACGCACUCCGUGCAUGACAGUUGACUUGUGAAUCUGUUGUGGGUCGGUGGUUUAUGAUGAUGGCCUCAAUACUAAUAAUCAAACCACAAGCCCAGCAAGUGCCUCCAUUUACUUUUUAUUAAAAGCCUAAAUACACGAGUGGAUGGCACUGACCAAAUAAACAAAGAGGGGCGCUGUGUUUUGCUUUUCUCUAAUCGUGUCUGUAUUGUUAAUGUUUAACAUCUCUUUUGCAGGUCAACUUUAUGCUAUGCACAGAACGGGAAGUCGAUAGUUUCCGAAGUUAGAAACUUUCUCAUUUGUACAAAAUCUAGCUGCUGUGUUACCGUCUCUGAUGCAAGACUUCUGAAGCAAUGGUGA